AUGCACGAGAGGAUUGUUGAGGCAGCAGGCUCGGUCCCAAAGUAUAGGAUCACCGACAAGACGUGCACCCCCGACCUCAGCCAACCAUGUCACACGCAGUACGUGGACAACUUCAUAGCUAUCUCGUCCGAUGCGGACCACGUCAAAAAGUCUGCGGCCGCGGCCAUCGCUGCUCUGGAGGCCCGAGGAGUGGGCGUCUCGUUGCUUCUCCUGAACGUCUAUGGCGUGCUCGGCUUGCUAUUCGCGCUCUUCUCGCUCGCGGUCGGGCAAAAGGUCGGGGCGUCGAAAGGUGGCGCUGGAGUCGGGGGGGCGCCCUCGGGGGCCCUCGUCGCCCCGCUGGUCGCCGGGCUCGGAACGCCGUUGCUGCGGGGGGCGAUCGAGCAGGACUGGAAGGUGGUGGGGAGGUUCGAGUGGCGUAAGAAAGGCGAGAGCAUCCCAGUCCUAGAGGCUCGCGCGACCCUGUGCGGCUAUAGGCACCUCCUCCGCAAUUGCCAACACCACGGCAAGCGUCUGGUCGUCCUCGGGGAUUCUAUGAGCGUGGCCGGUGCUGUCUCUAGAAGCCGCAGUAAGAGUCGGGCCAUGAUGAGCGUCACACAGAGCAUCGCCGCCCUCUCCCUGGCGACGGGGUCCUCUCUCCACUACCGCUGGCUCCCCUCAGAGUGGAAUGCAGUCAGGGGGCGCUGGCACCCCGCGGCUCCCACCGCGCUGGCCGCGCGAGAUGCUCGCACGCGCAGCGCCGGCUCCGGGCGCCGUGGCCUCGCCCAGCCUGGCGGCGCGGACAGGGCCGCUGCCCAGGACUCCCCGGGCGGAGUUGAGGGGGCCCUGUGCACCAGCUCCGCGCCCUGGCGACGCGAUGGCAGGUGCCUCGAGCCAGCCUGCGUCGUCGGGGCGCAGCCGCGUAGCUGCGCUGCGCCAGCAGCAGCGGGUGCUGCGGCGGCCGGCCGCCUCGCCUGCCCCUCUGGCCUCGAGCGGACCGCUGCGCCGCGUGGCAUGGCGGUGCUCAGCGCAGCGUCCAUCCAGCGCAGGCCCCGCAACCGCUAUCAUGAGAUUGCCCGCAACUUCCUGGCGCGGUCGCGCGGGCGGCCCCUGACGUCAGAGGACCAGGCGGACGCGGCGAUCGCGGUCCACGCCGUCGCGGCCGCCGUGGAGCCCCUCACCUUCGCGCUGUACCUGCGGCCCGAGGAGGCGCUCCACAUCAGGGCCGAGGACCUUGGGGCCCCAGUCUCAGGCGUCGGGACGCUGGCCGCCGCGACGAAGGACUUCAACAUCGACGUGGAGGCGCGGGGGGUCCACGCGGCCCUGGGCGGCGCCCUCGUGCACAUGCUGCGACACGGCGGCGCCUCGCACGACUUCGCCUCGGGGCGCCGCCGCCUGGUGGUCGCGCGCCAGCGCGGCCGCUGGCUGUCGUGGCCCGCGGGGAGACGCUACGUGAAGGGCAGCAGGUUCACGCGGGGCGUCCUCAUGCCCACGUCCGCCCGGCAGGCCCGCAGAAAGCUCUGCGUGGAGCUGCUGAGCGCACGCGUCUUCGUCGAGGUGUUCUCGGGGGGCGGCCACCUCUCUGAUGCGAUCUCGGGCGUAGGGGAGGCGGCUUUACUCUGGGACAUUUGCCUGGGCGAGAACUACGACCUUAGGUGCAAACGCAAUCGCCACCUUCUCCUCGGCUGGGUGAGGGACGGGCUGGUGGUUGGGCCCCAUGUGGCCACGCCUCGCUCAUCCUUCAGCCGCGCCCGAGACACCCCCCCUGGGCCCCCUCGGCUCCGAAGCGACUCGGAGCCGAUGGGCCUCGGCGGGCUGUCCCAGGCCGACCAGGAGAAGCUCGCAGGCGCGAGAUGCGCGGGCAGCAAGCGGGGUAUAUGCAGUCGUACGGGUCGUGGGCAUCAGCAGCUCCAGGGCAAAGAUCCUGCCGGUCAGUUCUACACAAAGUUAGCUGAGCCAUGCCCAAAGGUGCUAUGCAAAGCUAUUGCCACUGCGUGCUACAACUCAUGGGCCAAAGGUAUCGGUGACUCCUUUGAGCGCUCUAUGCAAUAA